CGGCGAGCGCCCGCGCCGGAAAACCCGAUCCUAGCGUGUUGCACAUGGAGAUCUGUACUUGAGUUUGCGAGCAGUUCAGGGCGGUUUUUGAAUUUGGUUGAUCCCGCUCUGCUUUUGUUCUGCUUCGCCAUGGCCGGUAUCCUUUUCGAGGAUAUUUUCGACGUGAAGGACAUCGAUCCCGAGGGCAAGAAGUUCGACAGGGUUUCCCGACUCCACUGUGAGAGCGAGUCCUUCAAGAUGGACCUGAUCCUGGAUGUGAACAUUCAGAUCUAUCCCGUCGACCUGGGUGACAAAUUCCGCCUUGUGAUCGCUAGCACGUUGUACGAAGACGGGACCUUGGAUGACGGGGAAUACAACCCCACGGAUGACCGGCCCUCCAGGGCUGACCAGUUCGAGUACGUGAUGUACGGCAAGGUGUACAGGAUCGAGGGGGAUGAGACGUCCACGGAGGCAGCCACGCGACUCUCUGCCUACGUAUCCUAUGGUGGCCUGUUGAUGAGGCUCCAGGGAGACGCCAACAAUCUGCACGGCUUCGAAGUGGAUUCCCGGGUUUAUCUCCUGAUGAAGAAGCUGGCCUUCUAACCCGCUUGUCGGAAAGGGGAGACUGCUUGAACUUAGCAGGGCCGGAUGGCUUAGUUGCCUCUCAUAUAAAUGGAGCUGUUUUAGCUGGGGGAUUGAGCUGCGUAGCCUCCCGCCCACACCUGGUCGCCCUCUUCGCCUUGACAACAUUGAACAGUAAAGGAGGACUUCCUGGAAGGGUUGCUCCGCCCACUUGUCCCAUGGGUGGGGCCAUGCAAAUUAGUAUCGAUUCCUUCCUGUGGGAGGAGCUUCACCUCCAUCAACAGUCCCGCCUGUUUUCCUCAAGAUCUGCAGACUUCUUGAUUUUAUCGCCCGCAUAAAGCAAUACUUGGAAUAUUUUCGAGUGGGAGGGGCUCUUGCCAGCUGGCCAGCCUUCCGUACCCUCUGCUCCACAGGUAUAAUGACAAACUUCCCUGUUCUACAAAGCUAGCCCUCACUCUCCCAACAAACACCAAUAGAUAUUCAUCGAUCCGUGGAUUUCAGGGAGCAGGAGUUUUCUACUUCCGCCCCUUGAAAAACGUACCCGGGGGGUGGUGUCCGCGGAUCCUUGAGACAGCACGGGGACAGAGUGGGCUUCCUCAGUGGAAGGAAUUUUGGAAAUUGCCUCUUCCGCAAACGGAAAUGCCACUCUGGCAAAGGACCUGCUGCUCACCUGUGACAUUUCAGGUAAGCUUGGAGGGCAGGGGUGGAUUUUGUGUUGGCUGCAGGAGACGCAUCUUCUGAAGAUGCUGAAUUGUUGUGUUCCCAUCAUUAAACAAAGUUGUGUGUUUUUUUCAUA